AUGCGUUUAUUGGUUGAGAAUAGUGCCCACAACAGGCAGCUCCGCGGUACUUUCCGAGCGGGGAAGGCCAGGACGGGCUGUCUGGUCUCCGGCCGAGCCACUCCCCUCACCCCAGCAGCCGGCGCUCUAACCACACCCGGCUGCCACACCAAAGUUAAUUCGGUGGAGGCCAAAUUAAAAGAGGUGACUCGGGAGAAGGACGACCUGGCCCAGCAACACCAGAACCUGGAGAUGAAACUGAAAGAGGUGACCCAGAAGAAGAACGACCUGGCCAAGAAAAACCUGGACUGUGAGACGGAUGUCAAACAGCUGAAAGAGCAGAUGAGAGAGCACGAGGAAAAGUUCUCCAGAGACCUGGCCCAGAACCAAGAAACCUGUGAAACCAAGGUUAGUUUGGUGGAGACCAAAUUGAAAGAGGUGACUCAGGAGAAGGACGACCUGGCCCAGCAACACCAGAACCGGCAGACUGAACUCAAAGAGGUUCAGGCUGAACUAAAAACGGUCAAAGAGGAGAAAAAGCAAUCCCAGGAGACAAACCAGAGCCUGGAGAAGGAAGGGGAACUGAAGGACAGCCAAGUCAAGCAGUUGGAGAACGAUUUGGAGGAGCAGAAGGAAAGGUUCAUCAAAGACCUGGCGCAGAAACACCUGGACUGCGAGCUGUUCGUCGAACAGAAGGAGAGGACUGUCGAGCAGCUGAGGAACCAACUGGAAGAGCAGAAGGAGAUGUUCACCAGAGACCUGGCCCAGAACCAAGAGACCUGGGAAACCAAAGUUAAUUCGGUGGAGGCCAAAUUAAAAGAGGUGACUCGGGAGAAGGACGACCUGGCCCAGCAACACCAGAACCUGGAGAAGGAACUGAAGGACGUCGAAGAAGAGAAGAACCAGAGCUGCGAGAGGGGAAUCAAACUGAUGGAGACCAAAGUCAAACAGUUUGAGGAGCAGAUGAAGGAGCAGCAGGGGAUGUUCUACAAAGACCUGGCCCAGAAACAGCAAAGCUGGGAGACCAAGUUGAGAGACGAGGACAAUAAGGCGUUAGGUAUUGGAUAUGUAGUAGAGGAAGACAAACUCUACCUGAUGGCAUCGAUCAACUUCUCCAGAAGGAGAGGAAAGAUGAGAACAGGCCAAGACCUAUUGAUGGAGGAGGUGAGAUCAAAUACACCUGAUCCUCUCACCAGAAGACUACUGCUGAGUCAGGUUGCUGGGCUCUAUGACCCUAUAGGACUCGUCACACCACUGAAGCAGAAAGGUGCCAUACUCGUUAGGAAAGCUUUUCAGGAGACAGCAAGUGGAAAUCUGGCCCAAAACACCUGGGACAAGCCACUCUCCGAGGGCCUCAGGGAGGAGGCCAUCAAGCUGUUUGAGGAGUAUGCACAGCUGGGACAAGUGAAGUUCCAAAGAAGCCUUACACCACGAGGCUGGAAGGGAAAACCGUGGGCUAUCACUUUCUCAGAUGGCAGUGACAAGUCCUACGGAGCUGUUCUAUACCUUAGAUGGGAAACGGACGAAGGUAUAGACAUCAGACUUCUGGAAUCCAAAGCCAAGCUGACGCCACUGGACCAAAAAGGAGAUGCAGUCAAAGCUGAGGUCUGUGGCGCUGUGUUUGCAGCUAGGCUGAGAAAGUAUGUGGAAAGGCAUGGCCGGAUGGAGAUAGAGCGCUGGUUUCAUCUAGUUGAUAGCCAGACAGUAUUGGGAGCCAUUCACCGAGACAGCUAUGGCUACCAGACAUUCUUUGCUAACAGGAUAGGCGAAAUCCAAAAGUCUGCAUCAGUUGAAGACUGGUGGUGGAUCCCAGGGACCCUCAAUAUAGCUGACACCAUUACGAGGGGGGCUGCGCUGAAGGAUCUGCAAGAGACAUGGCAAAGUGGACCAGAGUUUUUGAGGAGGCCAUUAGAAGAAUGGCCAAUAAAGUCAGCUGAGGAAGUGGUCAUUGACGCCAGGGACAGCAUCAGUAAGCUGCAGAGGAAGGCCUUUUCAGCAGUGAUGACAAGGGGUCAAGUGAAGAGAUGCCGAGGGGUCACCACUCAGGACCAAACCGAAGCUGAAGAUUCGGUUGAAGAAAAUGACGUUAACCCAACCCACCUGAUUGUCUGCCCUGAUGCAUCGGAAACCGAUCCAGAAAUGAGACGGGGUGAAGUUGCGCUGAGAGUAACACUUUCCAACUCAGCCAUCAAAAAUCUUUUGGAGGUGAAGAGGUUUAGUUGCAUGUCCAGGCUGGUGAAUGUCGUUGCUUGGGUGAGACGGGCUGCUGACAGAUGGCUGGGCCUCAAAGACCAAACCACAAAGAAAUUAAAGUGGGAGGCAUCACCCUCAAAAGAGAAAUCUAAAGCUUUUGUGCUCAAUGUUGAAGACUGUGAGCAUGCCUUCAGAGCUCUCUGCUUGGCAGCUCAAGAAGGCAUUACAUUUCCCGACACUACCCUAAACAGGCUUGUGGUGAUUAAGGACAAAGAUGGACUCAUUCUCUGCGGCGGCAGAAUUCAGGUCUUCAGAGAUGAUAAAUCUUUAGUGCCCAUCCUCCCUCAAGAUGCGUGGAUUUCUACAUUGCUUGCACGAGAAGCCCACAAUGCCAAUCAUGAGGGUAUAGCAGGAACACUGUUGAGGAUGAGAAGGAAAGCCUGGGUGGUUAGGGGAAGAAGGAUAGUCAAAAAAGUAGUGGACAAUUGCGUAACCUGCAGGAGAGUGAAAGCAAAACGGUGUCAACAAAUAAUGAGCGACCUACCACCUGAGAGAACCACGCCAGCAGCUCCAUUUCAGUUCACCGCCGUGGACCUGUUCGGGCCAUAUGAAGUGAAAGAUGAGGUGAAGAAGAGAGUGAGGCUGAAGGUGUGGGGUAUUGUGUUCAGUUGCAUGGCAUCCAGAGCCAUUCACGCUGACAUUGUCAGUGACAUGUCUGCAGAAGGAUUUAUGCUUGCUUACCAACGAUUCACAUCACUGAGGGGACACCCCAGCAAGGUAUGGUCUGACCCAGGCACAAACUUCGUUGGGGCCAAACCUGCCCUUGAAGACCUCUACCGGUUCCUGGGGAAACUGGAAAGCUCAGGAGUGGAAGAAAAGGCGGCAAAGAACGGCACAAAGUGGUCCUGGAAGAUC